GCCCCCCCAUCACCACGUCAUCACUGCGCGCCUCAAACUAAUCGCCAGCGCUGUCGCGUAAACACAGAGGUGAGGCAUGGAUCCGAGCGGACUCAACCUCGUCAAGGUGCACGGAGGCGGUGGUUAUGACUCGGAUUUCAGUGAUGAUGAGGGUGGAGGAGGCACAUCACAAAGUGGAGGGAAGAGGGCACGUGAAGAUGAGCUGCUGCAGAAGCCUUUCCCCAGAGAGAAACGCUCCAAGGUUGCUCACAGUAAUGUGGCUGCAGAGGAAUGGGACAGGGAGGAGGCCAAAAAUCGGCGCCAUCAUCUAAUAUCGAUGAAUGCCUUUGAGAGGCAUAAGAAGUUUGUCAGCGAUUACAUACUGUACUAUGGAGGAAAGCUGGAGGACUUCAGAAGAUCCAUGACAAAAGACAAGACGGAUCUGGACGUGGUUCGAGAAAAUCACCGCUUCCUCUGGAAGGAUGAGGAUGAGGAAGAUAUGACAUGGGAAAAAGAGCUGGCAAAGAAGUACUAUGACAAGCUCUUCAAGGAGUACUGUAUUGCUGACCUCAGCAGAUACAAAGAAAACAAGUUUGGAUUCAGAUGGCGUACUGAAAAUGAAGUAAUAUCAGGAAAAGGCCAGUUCCUGUGUGGGAAUAAACGCUGUGAGAAGAAGGAAGGUCUGAAGAGCUGGGAGGUUAAUUUUGCUUAUGUGGAACAGGGCGAGAAGAGGAACGCUCUGGUGAAACUACGUCUCUGUCCAGAGUGUUCCUUCAAACUGAACUACCAUCACAAGAGGAAAGAGGUGAAGGUGAAAAAGAAACGCAGAUCAAAAGAGAACGGGGAUGAGCUACAGGAUAAAAAGUCCAAAUGCAAGUCCAAGCAUAAACGCAAAGAGAAACACAAACACAAAAAGAGACAAAAAGAGCACUCUUCCUCAAGUUCUGAGGAUUCCCAUGAGUCUGAAAAAGACUUGGAAAGUGAAGAGGAGACUCAAGGCCCAUCAGAUUCAGACUACUGGAAAGGUCCAGCUCCUCUUCUGGAGGAGAAAUCACGGGAAGAGGAGUUUGAUGAAUACUUCGAGGGCAUGUUUCUUUGAGCAGGACCGCAGGACGACCUUCCGGACGAUCUUUCCAACGAUUCUUCUGUACAGAGCGAAUAAAACGCUCGCUGCUUCGGUCGACGGCCGCAUCUCUCACUCAGAUUAAACAGUUUACAUGUUCUGGAUGAUAGUUCUAAACUUUUUUUAUUUUUUUGUAUUAACUGCAGACUGUUUGAAACUCUGACUGAAUUUGAGGCUGUCUAUUAAACAGGAUUGCAAAGGUG